UGAAGUAGUCGGCCGGCGGCCGUCGCGGGGCGCUGAGUUCGCCACACGACAUUCCCACAUUGUUUAUUUACAAACUGUCACAUUCAAUCACCAAGAAAAGGACAACACACAGCAACGCACUCACGUACGUUUCACCGCUGUGUUCCGUGAAUAUAUCGUAUUUACGCAAAGCAUCACAAAUUCCAGACACAGCACACGCGUCCACACGAGCCCAUACCGCAUGGCGGACGAUGCAGCAUCUGAUUGCCUCUUCGAGCGCCUCCGCACGCACCAGCAGCGCGCGCCCGACUCUGCUGAGGUGGCGCGAGCCAUCACCUCAAGGAUCAACUCCCGCCUCACAUCACACGACAAACAUAUUCGGCAAAGCACUCUCGAUAAACUUUGGAACAAACAAUCGGGAGCCAUACAGAUGUUACUGUCCAUAUUAGAGAAUUCGAGAGACACGCCAACUUCAACGUAUAUCACUUCUAUAUUAAGAGAAGCACUAUGUUUAAAACAGGGAAAAGGAAAAAAAUGUUCAGUAGCAGUGGAAGUACCAACUACGAAGAAAAAGGAUACCAAAAAGACAGGGAAAGAAAAUAAAUUACCGGUUUUUAAAAAGGCCAACAACGUAGCAAGACAACAAUGUGCACUACACUUCGUUUCGAUAAACGGCACGCAGGUGGUGAUCCGUACACUGCUUAAUAUACACAGUAAACGUGACAGUAACGUUAGUACUGAGCUGAUGAUGCAGGACUUGGUUUGGGUGCUGGCAGCACUAGCUCCUAGAGAUCCAAAAUUCGCUAUGAAAGUAAGAAUGUUAGGUUGUGUGAGGACAAUGCAUCUCAUCCUAAAAGGCCAUUUUACGGAUACAAAAUUAAUAUUUCCACUUUUGGUUAUAUUGAAACAACUGGCAAAAAAUUCUGGAACAACCUCAAUUUUAAUACGAGACGGAGUAAUAGGUACCUACGAAAGAGUAUUAGUGAGCCUGGGUUGUAUUCCCACUGCUCGUCUACGGCUGUGCCUCGACGCCAUUGAUUACUUCAGUAAAAACAAGGUAUGCUGCAUGCAGAUCGUGAAGACAGGCCUAUGUAGCGUGCUGAUACGGGUGUUCGACCGAUGGGACCGCUAUGAAGGACGCAUGAGACUAAAGAUUUGCGCACACAUCCUACAGACUAUGCAACAUCUCUGCAAUAUAAAAGCGGGACGCCGGGCUCUGUGCAUCAAAAAGCACGUACAAACACUCCACAGGUUUUGCGCGCAGUGCCCAGAUGAAAUAGAAUUCGACGGUCUCUUAGCACGAGUCUGUUCCGUCAUCACUUUAUGUCUGAAGCACCAAGCUUUACCAGUGCCGGCAAAUAGUCCCGCCUCAUUUAAUCUCAACCCUAUAUUGAAAGGCACUAACACCACGUGGCCAUGUCAUGAAGACGAUGACGAUGGAGCAAACUCAGAUUCAAAGACAAUAAAUUCAGACAUUGAAGAUGAUGAACCUGAUAGUGAUACUGAGAACAUCGAUGAGUAUCCAGAUAUUGAUUUUGAUAAUGAAACCGAAAUGAAAGCGGAAGAUACAGAGAAACCUCAAAUAACAAAAAAUGGAGAAAGUUUACAAAGUGCCCUAUGGAUCAAUCCUAAUGAGAGAGAAAUAGAAGACUUAAAAAAGUAUUAUAUUUAUUUUAAAGAAUUUGGAUCCUAUAAUAAACAAAUUAGACUAGUAAAAAGUCGAUCCAACUCCCGUGGUUCCAUACUAGAUGAUAUAUUUAACCCUCAAACUAGUGGGUGUCGCAAUCAAACAUCUCCUUCAGCUCUAUCUCUUGCUGGAGGUAUAGGAAGUACGGAUUAUGACGCCGUUUUAGGUUUAUCACACACAUAUUCAUUUUUGCAAGGAUAUCAUAAAGUUCAUGAAAGUUCUUCUACCACAUCUUGUUCCUCACUGAAGAUUCAUAAAGACAUUUCAAAGUACGGUACUUUUGCAUCAGUAUAUUCUACGAUAUCUUCAAGAGUUAGAAGUAUAAUACCUUUUGUAAAGGUUGCUUAUCCAGACAUGACAGGAGGGCAAGGUUCCACUCAGCCUGAACCCUUAAACAAAAUGGAGCGAGUUGCUUGCAGGAACAAACUGCUAUCGUGUGUUGAAAGGGCAAUAAACCCUGAGUCUUAUAUGAACGAAGUUGUUUAUGAUUUAGAUGCACUUUGUGCUUCUAAUACGACUUCGGACUCCACAGCACCAAAAAGCUUAAGCGCAGAUAACUUAUUCCUUAAUAAUACCGAUGAGCAAGAAAUUACAAAAGUGAAUACCUUCGCAUCUCGAUUAAGUUUUGAAUCAAGAUUUGAAUCGGGAAACCUUAGAAAAGCUAUUCAGGUCGGUCCAAGAGAAUAUGAGCUAAUUCUAAUGCCAGACGUAAAUUCUGCAAAACGACAUCAAUGGUUCUAUUUUGAAGUGCGCAACAUGCAGCAGGGCCGCCCUUACGUCUUCAACGUUGUAAAUUGUGAGAAAUCAGAUAGCCAGUUUAACUUUGGCAUGAAGCCUGUUAUGUAUUCUGUGAAGGAAGCGGUUCUCGGAAAACCAGGCUGGGUGAGAGCCGGUUCCGACAUCUGCUAUUACCGCAACAGCUACCACUACGCAAAUCAAAAGAACAGCAAAUGCUACCUGACUGUCACCUUUACCAUUGAGUUCCCGCAUACUAACGACGUGUGCUAUCUCGCCUAUCAUUUCCCAUUUACAUAUUCAAUGAUGAUGACUAGGAUAUGGCAAUGGAGCACCCAAAUGCCACCGAAUGCCUACCUCCGUGCCGAGCCUCUCUGCUAUUCGCUCAACAACAAUGAAGUUCCGCUGCUGACAAUAACCGCGGAUGGUACUCCUUCCAACCCUUUAGUGGAUAGAGAAAUAAUAUUCCUGACGGCUCGCGUGCACCCCGGCGAGAGCAACGCGUCGUGGGUGAUGGACGGAACGCUGGCCUGCCUGCUGGCCGACACCCAGCCUGCCGCUGCGCUGCGUGCCAAGUACGUGUUCAAGAUCGUACCCAUGCUCAACGUGGAGGGAGUCAUCAAUGGCUGCCAUCGCUGCGGCUUAACUAAUGAAGAUUUAAAUCGACGCUGGUGCAAGCCGAGCCCCGUUUUGCAUCCUUCUAUUUACCAUACCAAGGGCCUAAUAGAAUAUUUAGUACGCGUUUGGAAGAAACCGCCGUUAGUGUACUGCGACUACCACGGCCACUCGCGCAAAAAGAAUGUUUUCUUUUAUGGAUGCGCCGGCGCCGAGAGCUGGUGCAGCAACGACCGGCUGGUGCUCGACGAACCUGUUAAAUACCUUAUGUUGCCAGCGCUCAUGCAUCGGAUAUCGCCUGCAUUCGCGCUGGGCUCGUGUUCGUUUCGCGUCGAACGUGAGCGGGAAAGCACAGCCCGCGUCACGGUGUGGCGUCAUCUGGGAGUCACCAGGUCCUACACAAUGGAGGCCUCUUUCUGCGGUUUCGAUCGGGGGCCUUUUAAGGGAUUCCAUCUGAAUACUCAGCACCUCCAGAGCGUGGGCAGCGACUUUUGCGAGGCCCUCAACGGUCUCGGCGAUAACGCCAGUGUUGACAUUCAGCUCACUAAGGAUCUCAACGGAAAUAUCAUUGAAAUUCAUUUAACCGGUGCAGAGGAAAACAGUGAAAUAGCAGUGGACAGCGAACCUGCGUCCGGAUCCGAUAGCGUCCUGAAAACAGACUCUGAUGAAGAUUUCGACUAAGCCCGUCGUUGUAAGCGUUUACUAGGUACCUAAUUACGAAUAUCAAAUCAGCCUUAAAUUAUUCAAUUAAAAUGGCCUUAAUUAAAAAUAUUUUACUAUAGUAGGUUGUUCAGGUUGAACGCAGACUGACAGACAAACUUUGCUAGCUGCUCGAGUAGAUUUCCUUCCCCCUUGCAUAAUUAAUUAAUUAUUAAUCUAUCGGUCUUAUUUAAUUUGAAUAGAGUUGAAAAUUGUACGUAAGAUAUUCAUCUUAUUUUUUUUUUUCAAUUUCAAACACAAUUUGAAAUUGGAUAAAAAAAAUAUUAGUACUAGCUAUUGCGCGCGACUUCUUUCGCGUGGUUUUGUGUUUUGAAAAAUCCCUUGGGGACCCUGUGUCAUUCUCAAGCUUUGUUCAAUUUUGUUCCUGUAUGCUUGACGUCAGAGCAUCCAUUACCAGGACAAACAAAUAAGGACUUAAAGCCGAUCCCUGAUGCAAGCCUACUUCCACAUUGAACUUGUCCGUAACGCCAGCUUCUGAUCGGACCCUUGUACUCGCUCGUCUAUACAUCGCUUUCACAAGCCUCUCUGCCUCACAUACUUCUCAGGCAAUCUCUUUACUUUCAUAGCCCACCACAAAACUUCGCGAGGAACUUUAUCAUAUGCCUUUUCAAGGUCGAUAAAUACCAUGUGCAGGUUUCUA